AUGGGCAGCGACGCAUUUGCGAUACAAAAUCGGAAAGACUUGGUGGUGAUCGUCAAUGUCAUACUCUCAUUCUCAACGCUAUCAGCGCUGUCACUUCGCUUUGCCAAGGUCACAGGAAAUGCAAAGCAAAGGNNGAAGUUUGAUGCGCAGAACAUUAUGAUCUGCUUGGCNGGGUUUUUGCGGUAUCAUGAUGUCCUUAUUGCAAUGUAUUGCGACGAACUGUACAUCUCGAUCUUCGUCUUCUACCUGGCCUGCAACAUGUUCGUCAAGUUCGCUCUUCUCUUCUUCUACCGCCACACCACAUACGAACGUUGGCACCACUGGGUAAUCUGGUUCAUGGAGUUCAUUGCUUUCGCCUUUGGCAUCAGCAGUAUUCUGGUCAUCAUCUUCCAAUGCGUUCCAAUUGCACACCUUUGGGACAAAAGCAUCCCUGGAACUUGCAUCGACAUCAAGUCCUUCUUCUACUCUAACUCGAUCAUCAUGAUCGUGAACGACAUCAUUCUUUAUGUUUUGCCCAUUGUCUUCACGUGGAAGCUUCAACUUCGCCUUACCCAAAGAAUCGUUCUCAACCUUCUCUUUGCUUUGGGUGCAGUUUUCAUCCGCCUGUAUGUCGUUUACCGAUACGACCAAGACGGCGACCUUUCAUGGAACAUCGCGUCUUGCCUCAUAUGGUCCUCUGUCGAGAACCACCUCGCCGUCUUCAUCGCAUGUUCACCCUCCAUCAAGGCCGUCGUCAGCGGUGUACUUUAUCCUCUCGUUUCGUCGCAAGUCUCAUCGUUCAAGGAUAAGAUCAAGAGAUCGAGGGGUAGUGAGGGUAGCAGCUUGCCGACACAUAAGUCUCCUUCACUCACCCUAGCAACUAUCGGCUCCCGGCCUAGCCGUUUUGUGCANAAGGUUAGAGAUCCUUUCGCCGCUAGCACCCGUAGGGACAGCUUUAAUACCCUGGACUCAGGUUUCGAGUGCGUCAACCGUGGACACCAUGAGAUGGACCCCAUUGAGCGAGCAAACUCAGAGGCAACUCUAAGCUCGGCGACCUACCGAAAGGACUCAGAGGCGUCGGCUUCCUCGAAGGAGCCUCAAGUACAAGUCUACACCAUCGAUGAGGACAUCAGUCCUACUUCUUCUCGUUUCCCUCAACCGACGCUGGAUUCGUCGAAGCCCCGUAGCCAUAAAUGA